AUGGAAGCACCGCCGCCGCCGCCGCCUCCACCGGAGCCCUCGUCUCCCACAAAGACCGCCGACAGUAGCGACGCUAAGUCAAAGCGCACCACUAUCGCUUGCCUGACAUGCAGGAAGCGAAAGAGCCGCUGCCACCUUGAUUAUGAGAACGACAAACCAAAGCUUCCGUGCGAACGGUGCAAAGCCCAGAACCUUGAAUGCGUCCUUGGAGGUUCCAAUCGCGGCGGCCGUCGAGUAAGAAGAAAAACACUUACUGACAGCAUCGGCGGCACCGCACGCAAUCUCACCACUGCCUUCACUGUUCCUGGGGACAAUGUAGCCUUCCACGGCCUCGGCAACAUGGGGACAACUACCACACCACCGCUAGGCCAGCGCCUAAACUUUUCGAGCCUCGAACCAAAUCCUCCUCGGCCCACACAAGAAGAAACAUCAGUGCAAGGCACCGGCACGACUCCCAUGGAGUUUGACAAUCUCCAGAAUCCCUCAGAUGCGCUGGGUAUCCUGGCCCGCGUCGCCGAGGAAGAUACUCCCGCGACUGCGCAGGAUCGGCCGAGCUUUGCGCGGCUCCCAGAUCCACCGGGCUUGCGGGCAUCUCCGUAUCGACUGCUUGCUGACGGCAAGCUCUCGGUGAACCAGAUUGUCCAGCUCAUACAGCGCUAUCGUAGCCUAUACCACCCAUACUACCCGCUCGCGCCUCCGCACGUAUUCGACCUAUCUCGGCUCCACGAAGUGGCUCAGAAGGAACCGCAUCUGCUGACGGCCAUCCUCGUGAUCGCAUCCAAAGACCUCGUGGAAGAAACACACAUGUAUGAGAUUUGCGCGGACCACAUGAAGAGCAUGAUCUCAGAUCUCGCUGCUGGGGGCCCUGGUGACGUCGAUGCGGUGGAAGCAUUGCUGUUGCUCGCUGAGUGGGCUCCUUUCACGCAGAGAGCACAGUCCGGCAAAGUCGGCAAGGGCGAAGAGGACCGUGAAGCUUGGAACUCCAGUGGACUGGCCCUCAGGCUGGCUUACUUCCUCGGCCUGGAAAAGUACUCGUUCAAAGUAACGGAUGAUGGCAAAGACCCGCAAUUCAGCCGCAAACUUUUGGUCUGGACUGCCUGCUACAUAGCCGAUCGCACCAUUUCCAUCAGAAUAGGCAAAGCCUUUUGGUCGCGAGGUCCUGGUCCGCUGACUAGCCUUCGCCGUGAUCACUACCCUUCUCUUUUACCCCAAACCCCUAAUGACGAGGAUUAUGCAUCCAUAUUUCAGGCAACUCUCGAGUUGACUUCCCUUUUCAGCAAUGUUCAUGACGUUUUAUACUCCAAUGUUGGCACCUCAUUCCGCUCCCAUCUGAGCGGAUCUUACAUUAAAUUCAUUGAUGACUUCCGCGCUGCCAGCUACAGCUGGAACGCAGUGUGGGGAACCCUGACAUGCUCUCCAAAUUUGAAGGCCAUGCUUCUAAUGUCGUACAACUACCUGCGGCUGUACGUGAAUGCAUUUGCAUUCCAGGCAACAGUGCGCAGAGUACAGAGCACAUUGGCGGAAGAGCGAACCUCUGCAACAAGCCCAAUGAUCCCGCAAUCGCCAUCUCGGCUGUUCUAUAACAAUGUUGGAGCGGUCGGGGAUGCACGCUUUAUAUACGAGGGUCUCGAUGCAGCAAAGGCGAUCUUGACGACGUGCAACAACUUCAUCGACCCGGAAAAGGCACUCCGAUUCAUGCCUCUCCGGUUCUUCCUCUACUUGGUGUAUUCCGGGGUCUUCCUGUUCCGAGCGAAGAUUGUCGGCGUGAUCGAAGGCGAGGAAGAGCGGGGAAUCAGGCGCAUGAUCGACGAGACGAUUGACCGACUGCAACGCUCGAGCGUGGGAAUGCAGCACCUGGGUAGCCGCUACUCGCAACUCCUCAAGCUUCUUUGGGAAAAGGCCGACAACCACAAGCCUCCGGGACGCGGCAGGGGCAGCCAUGUCGGACACCGCAACCACUUUGGCGACGCAGCAGGACUGGCGCAUGCGACGCCGGCAGCAUCAUCGCAAGCGGGCAGCGGCAGCAUGGGCGAGAGCCCAAUGGCAAACAACGCAAACGUGGAGGGCAUUGGCGACUUUAGCUGGACCGACCUGAACACGAUUGGCGAAUUUGCUGUAAGCCAAGGGCAGCUAACGGGGAUGGACGUGUUCGGAGGGUUUUUGCCGCUCGAAGUGGGCAACGUGUGGGACAUGGGACCGUUCGAAGGCGGCGGGGAAAUGACGGGCAUGGCAUUCUGA